AUGGCAAACAGUUCUGAUUAUUGGCAUGACUUUAUUGCAGAAAAUCAAGUUGCCCCUCCGUCGCUGAUCAUCGUGGACGGACUGGAGGGCUACCUGCGUGGGCCUGGGGUGAGUGGUGGCCUUCAGCAGGCGGAACAGUCCUCUGCUGCCCCUCCGUCGCUGAUCAUCGUGGACGGACUGGAGGGCUACCUGCGUGGGCCUGGGGUGAGUGGUGGCCUUCAGCAGGCGGAACAGUCCUCUGCUGCCCCUCCGUCGCUGAUCAUCGUGGACGGACUGGAGUGCUACCUGCGUGGGCCUGGGGUGAGUGGUGGCCUUCAGCAGGCGGAACAGUCCUCUGCUGCCCCUCCGUCGCUGAUCAUCGUGGACGGACUGGAGGGCUACCUGCGUGGGCCUGGGGUGAGUGGUGGCCUUCAGCAGGCGGAACAGUCCUCUGCUGCCCCUCCGUCGCUGAUCAUCGUGGACGGACUGGAGGGCUACCUGCGCGGGCCUGGGGUGAGUGGUGGCCUUCAGCAGGCGGAACAGUCCUCUGCUGCCCCUCCGUCGCUGAUCAUCGUGGACGGACUGGAGGGCUACCUGCGCGGGCCUGGGGUGAGUGGUGGCCUUCAGCAGGCGGAACAGUCCUCUGCUGCCCCUCCGUCGCUGAUCAUCGUGGACGGACUGGAGGGUUACCUGCGUGGGCCUGGGGUGAGUGGUGGCCUUCAGCAGGCGGAACAGUCCUCUGCUGCCCCUCCGUCGCUGAACAUCGUGGACGGACUGGAGGGCUACCUGCGCGGGCCUGGGGUGAGUGGUGGCCUUCAGCAGGCGGAACAGUCCUCUGCUGCACACAUCUCUGCUCUGCUGUAUGACACGGCUGCAUUUCUCUCACAGACCUUGGAAGAGAGAGCCGCUAGUCUGGCCCCCUGUCGGGUCAUAGCCUCGUUCCAGUCCGAGUGGGAAGGGCAUGCUAGUGGGGACUCCUCAGACCCUGUCCUCUCAGUGUUAGACCGCUACUUUCAGGUUAGGUGUACCUUGGACCAGGACUGGAACUCUGCCCCUGCUGUAGCAGGACCACAGGACACGUGGCAUGUUUAUCUCUCUGGUGCUGGGAUCACAGAAGACCCUAUUGCUAAGGAUGAGGAGGACUCAAGUCUGGCACGAGAAUGGCGACUGGUCAUUUGCCCCAAUCGCUCAAUGGAGUUUACAAUGGUUUGAAAUCUAUUAAAUUACUUCACAGUGGACGAGGAAGAAAUAAAAGACAUGCAAAAAAAGUAUAUACUUAUAUCAAACAAUUGCAUUCCCAAAGACUGAGAUGCAAGGGGAACAGUUUUUUUCCAAUGCACAAAAUGUUUUUCACUAGUGUUUACAAAAAGUUCAGCAAAGUUUUUGUGUGAAUUAAACCACUCCUCCGA